UAUGCCGUGACUGUUCAGGAAUCGUACGCGCAUCCCUUUGAUCAGAUCUAUUACACGAGAUGUACAGAUAUCCUCAACUGGUUCAAGUGCACUCGACACAGAAUAAGCUAUAAAACGGCAUAUCGGAGGGGGCUGAGGACGAUGUAUCGCCGGCGAUCCCAGUGCUGCCCGGGAUAUUAUGAAAGUGGAGACUUCUGCAUCCCUCUUUGUACUGAAGAAUGUGUUCAUGGAAGGUGUGUUUCUCCUGAUACUUGUCACUGUGAGCCAGGAUGGGGAGGUCCAGAUUGUUCCAGUGGCUGCGAUAGCGACCACUGGGGGCCCCACUGUAGCAACCGUUGCCAGUGUCAGAACGAGGCCCUUUGCAACCCCAUCACCGGGGCCUGUGUCUGUGCAACCGGUUACAAAGGGUGGCGCUGUGAGGACCUGUGUGACCCGGGAAGCUACGGGAAGAACUGCCAGCUGAAGUGUCAGUGCCACAACGGGGCCACCUGCGAUCACAAGACUGGAGAGUGCUACUGUGCCCCUGGAUACACCGGCGUGUUCUGUGAAGAACCUUGUCCUCCAGGAAGCCACGGAGCUCAGUGUGAACAGCGGUGUCCGUGCCAGAACGGUGGAACCUGUCACCACAUCUCUGGAGAGUGUGCCUGUCCCCCAGGAUGGAUGGGCUCUGUGUGUGCCCAGCCGUGCCCGUCGGGAACAUACGGGGUUAACUGCAGCCAAGAUUGCCCAUGUCAUAAUGGCGGGCAGUGUGAUCACGUGACGGGGGCAUGCCUCUGUACUGCUGGCUAUGUGGGAGAAAGGUGCCAAGAAGAGUGUCCUAUCGGGACUUUCGGCUUCCAGUGUACGCAGAAGUGUGACUGUGAAAACAGGGCCAAGUGCUACCAUAUCAACGGUGCCUGUCUGUGCGAUCUGGGCUUCAAGGGGAUCCAUUGCCAGGAGCGGAUGUGCCCGGAGGGGUUUUAUGGAUUAAAAUGCAACAGGAGAUGUCCUUGUCAUGCCACAAACACUGCCAGCUGCCAUCCUCUGUCUGGGGAGUGCAACUGUAAAGCUGGAUGGGCUGGGCUGUACUGCAACGAAACUUGCCCUCUGGGUUUCUAUGGUGAAAGCUGUCAGCUUGCCUGCCGCUGCCAAAAUGGAGCCGAUUGUGACAGUAUUACCGGAAAGUGCACCUGCGCUCCAGGAUACAUGGGAGAAGACUGUGCUGUCACUUGUGGGGCUGGGACCUACGGAGCCAGCUGCUCAUCGAUUUGCAGUUGCAGAAACGACGGCGGCUGUUCCCCAGUGGACGGUUCGUGCUUUUGCCGAGAAGGGUGGCAGGGAGCAGACUGCUCCAUCCCUUGCCCGAGUGGCACUUGGGGCCUCAGCUGCAACCAGACAUGUUUUUGCGCCAACGGGGCAGCCUGUAACCCCGUGGAUGGAUCGUGCCUUUGCUCUCCUGGGUGGCAAGGAGAUUUCUGUGAUGAGCCCUGCCCGGACGGGACAUACGGCCUGAACUGCAGCGAGCGCUGUGACUGCAGCCACGCGGAUGGGUGUGAUCCUGUCACGGGCUAUUGCUGCUGCCUUUCUGGAUGGACAGGUAUCCACUGCGAUAGUGUGUGUGCGCAGGGGCGCUGGGGACCAAACUGCUCUAUCCCCUGCAACUGUGAAAAUGGAGGCUCCUGCUUCCCGGAGGACGGGACCUGCGAAUGUGCGCCCGGCUACCGAGGGCCCAUGUGCCAGAGAAUUUGCCCGCCUGGCUUCUAUGGGCAUCACUGCAGCCAGCCCUGCCCACAGUGUAUCCACAGCACUGUCCCUUGUCAUCAUGUCACCGGGCACUGCGAUUGCCUGCCGGGGUUUUUUGGCCCGCUCUGCAACCAAGUGUGUCCCAGUGGAAGAUAUGGGAAGGACUGUGCCGAAGUGUGUUUAUGCACUAACAACGGGACGUGUAAUCCUGUCGAUGGAUCGUGCCAGUGUUUCCCAGGCUGGAUAGGAAAAGACUGUUCACAGACUUGUCCAGUUGGCUUCUGGGGUGCAGAUUGUUUUCACUCCUGCAGUUGCCACAACAGUGCAACCUGUAGCCCCCACGACGGAGAAUGUAGGUGCACUCCUGGUUGGACGGGACCGUAUUGUACCCAAAGGUGCCCGGCUGCCUUUUAUGGCGCCAACUGUGCCAACGUUUGCCAGUGCCAGAACGGAGCGGACUGUGACCAUGUUACUGGGCAGUGCACCUGCCGGACUGGAUUUACUGGGAAGCAUUGCGAGCAAAAGUGUCCCCCGGGAACAUUUGGCUAUGGCUGCCAGCAGUUGUGUGAAUGCAUGAACAACGCCACCUGUGACUACGUGACGGGCACGUGUUACUGCAGCCCAGGAUUCAAAGGCAUCCGAUGUGAUCAAGCGGCUCUCAUGAUGGAAGAAUUAAAUCCCUACACUAAAAUUAGCCCUGCGCUUGGAUCCGAGAGGCAUUCGGUCGGAGCAAUCAUUGGAAUUAUUCUCCUCCUCCUAAUUAUUAUGGUUUUGCUGGCACUGUUCGUGUGGUAUCGACGGAAGCAGAAGGAGAAAGGCCACGACAUGCCGAGCGUCUCGUACACUCCUGCCAUGCGGAUGACAAACACCGAUUACUCACUUUCUGAUAUGUCUCAAGGUAGCGGCAAUGUUAACUGUUUUUCCAACCCAAGCUACCACACCCUGUCAUGCGGUGUGACUUCGCACUUCUUUCCCAAUAAUCAGGAUGGGAACCUCUCCAGUAAGCUCAAUAACAAAAUCUUUGACCGAGAUCCUGCAGCCUGGACAACUGACAGCUAUCUGAAUGGUAUAGGUGCUUGUGGGAUGAAUAGACGUCAGAACACAUACAUAAUGGAAAAAAGCUUCAAAGACUAUAUGAAGGAAUCGGCCUGCAGCUCUAGCACCUGUUCCCUCAACAGCAGCGAAAACCCUUAUGCCACCAUCAAAGACCCCCCCAUCUUGACAUGCAAACACUCAGAGAGCAGCUAUGUUGAAAUGAAAUCCCCCGUCCAUCGGGACUCAUCCUAUUCUGACACGCCGGCCUUGUCAACGGCUAACAAAAACAUUUACGAAGUUGAGCCCACCAUCAGUGUGGUCCACGAGGCACGAAUCCGCACCACUGGCUACGUCCACGACCCCUAUGACCUGCCAAGGAAUAGUCACAUCCCCUCUCAUUACGACAUUCUUCCGGCAAGACACAGCCCAACUCAUGGGACACUUUGGGACAAGCAGUCUUAA